AUGCAGCAGAGCUGCCUUUGCCUCUUCGACGUGGAUCGCACGCUGACGGGCCAGCAGGAUCUUGGAGCUCCCCAGUGUCCUGUGAACCAGGUGCUGAGUGGCAUCAAGGACACUGCCUACAGCGGGGGCGACCUCACACUGUCGCAGGUUGGGCAGUCGAUGGCCGGCACCUUCUGCACGCAGUGCUACGUGGGCAUCGUCACGGCGGGCGACGCCAGCGGCGCUAACAGCCAGGAGCGCGCGGCCUUGGUGCAACGUCUGGCCUCGCGAGGCAAGCUGCUGUCGCAGGAAUGGUCCGGCCCCAGCGCCGCGGGGCAGCCGCGGCGCGCCUGCAAGGCCUCGGAUGUGUUCCAGUCCACGCUGGUGGCAGGCUGCCUGGAUGGCACCAAGCAGGAGGCGGCCAAGGCUCUCCUCACCAUGCUGUCCAUGCGCGGCAUCGGCAUCCUGCCCUCGAACGUGUGGCUCUUCGACGACCGCGCAGAUAAUAUCCACCCCUUCCAGGGCAGCGGCAUGAACGCGAGGCAGAUCUCAUGCGCUUCGAGGGACCACAGAAUGGGCACCGGCGUCUGCGGCGCCACCAAUCAGGAGAUUCAGGAGCAGCCGGGGGUGAAGCUCUGCGGACGGGAAGAUGAGCUGGUGGUUUGA